AUGCUUAAGUUGAUUUAAGUAUUUUUACCUUUACUCUUAAACUCUCUAUUUGCAAUAAUGAGCAUAAUUUAUUUAUAACUAAAAGGUUAAUAAUCAUACUUCUUGUAUUCUGAAGUUUGUUGUUUAAUCUUGGGAGCAGCCUUAUUUAUUGUAGCUCAAAUUUAACCUAAGAAAAAGCAAAUAUAACAAGAUCAUUCCCCGGUCCUCUUUAUUAUUCUAUUAUUGGUGUAGUUUUGCAGCCUGCUAUAAUUAGAUUAUAGAUCGUUAACUUAGAAUAUAUUAAGUUUGUUAAUAGGUGGAAUGUUAUUCCUUCAAAAAAUCAAUUAUACAAGUUAACAAAAUUACAUCAAAAUUAAAAGGACAAAGGCACUCUUAUAAUCUACAACAUUAUUAUUCAUUAUUAUACUUGUUAUUACAUCACAGAAAUAAAGUCAGUAUCAGUUUGUAGAAUUAGCUAUAACAUUUAUUUUAGUGAUAGUUUUUUUAGUCAUUUAACUUUUGCCUAAGAAAUUGGACAAAAAAUCUUAAAAUAAAAUAAUCUCACUUACCUAAAAUUCAACUACUUAGUAAAUUAAUUCUUAUCAUUUAUGGGAGAAAUUCUUAGAGAAGUAAAUUUUAGUUGUGUCAGCAAAUAAAAAUGAUAUUGUUAUUGAAAAAAUUAGUGAAUAUCUAGAUUAAUAUUUAAAGGAGAAAAAUCAAAAUAUUGAUGACUAUUUAAAAAAUACUUAAAUUAUUGAAAUCUCUUUUGUUAAUGAAAAUAUCAUACUAAAUAAAAUGAUUGAAGUUAAACAAUCUCUGUAUUAGUAUAUAAAAGAUAUAUUAAAUGAUAAUUAAAAAUAAAAAACCAUUCCAAAAAAUUUGAAAAUAUAACAUUAAUUUUAAGAAGAUCAAUCAUCUAAAUUAAUGUCUCCCAAAGAAUCUAGAUCUCAAUUAUCAAUUAUGUUCAAAUAAGAUUCCCAAUCUUAGAAAAUAUGUAGUACAAAUAAUGGAAAUAAUGCAAUUGAUUAAAGUACAUUUGAAAAAGAAUUCUUGAACAAAUCAACUAAAGAUUUAAGUUUAAUUUUGAGUAAUUAACUUUAAUAAUCCUAUUCUCCUUUGAUUUAGAAUAAAUUCAAAUUGUUAGGAAUAUAUAACUAAGAAAAAUACAAUUAUAAAAAAAUCACAUUUAAUAACUAAAAUUAAGCUCUAAUUUUAGAGUUUGAGGAGGAUAAUAUUGAAUAAUUAAAAAUACAACUAAAUGAUAUCUAAAACUAAUAUAAAUUAACAGUCACUAAGAUAUUAUGUUAGAGAGUAUCAUUAAUGUUGAAAGAUCUAAAAUCUAAAUUAAAUUAAAUAACAACUCAAAACCCAGAUUUAAAACGAUUAAAUUAAAUAUAAUCACAAAUAUAUUUAUUAAAUCUAUGUAAUAAAAAUAUAUUGUAUUUUUUAACAGAUGAUUUUAAAGAAGGAAAACAAUCUUAAUUAAAUUUGGAUGUUUUUCUUAAUAAAAUUAUUAGUAAAUUAAGUUAAGAUACUCUUAUUUAUGAGAAGGGUAUAAAAAUAAGCAUUAACAAUGAAUUAUUACUGAAUCAAACUGUAAUUACAUAUCCUUAAUUUCUGUAAUUCAUAAUUGUCAAUCUCAUAUAUAACUCAAUUUAAUAAUGUUCAAAAACAGAUUCUACUCAUUCAAUAAUUAUAAAUUUAAAAUAAUUAAACAAUGAAGAUAUUAAAUUUGAAAUUAUAGAUGAUGCAGGAGGGUUACUUAACAAAUUAGAUUAUUCAAGAGUUCUUGCUGGAAAAUUAGGUAUCUUUGUGGCUCAGAAGCUGUUGCCACAUAUAUCAUAAUAUCCAAUAUUGAAGUUUAAAACUAUUGAUUUGGAUGGAACAAAAAAAGGAAAUUUAGUCUCUUUUUAAAUAUCCAGACAUAUAAAAGAAAUAAAUAACUUGAAAAGUUACUCUACAUAAAAUAUCUUGAAUUAGGAUAUCUACAAUGUAGCUAAGUUAUUAUAAUCGUAAUGA